UCACAAAACUAGGCGCUGAAAUUGUGCGUCACGGCUUUUCCUACUAGCAAGAAGACGUCAGGGUAACUCGAAGUAACCGAAAAGUCGUGCAAGGAUCGUUAACUUAGACGUCAAGAUUGUAAGACUCAUAAAAAAAUGCAUCUGGAUAAGAUGUUGCUAGCAGUGCUAACGUGUGCCAGGGAUCUGCUGAAAGUACCUGUGAGCUGUGCAGCGCUACAUCGAGGGUUUGGGUGUGAAAGUACUUCUGAAAAGAGAAAUAAAAAGAAAUUCUGGUUUUCAGGUGGUGAAGCCGUGUCAUUGGAGGAAAGAUUAGCUUAUACUGUGACCCCUUUGUGGCGACUCAGCUACGAGGAGCAGCUUCAGUGGAAACAGGAACAACAGCACAAAAUCUUAAUCCAGAUGACAAAUCACCUGGAACAAGACUCGUCACUUAAAUCCAGUAAAGGCGAGCUUGCUUUCCCUGUAUUGCCCAUAGUGCCUUCACCAGUGCAGAACGGCUAUCGCAAUAAAUCCACGUUCUCUAUCAACAAAGGAGUAGAUGGAAAUCCCAAAACCGUAGGAUUCUACAUUGGCACUGGGAAAGGUAGAAACAUUGUCUGUAUUCAUGGGGACCAUCUUCUUAACAUUCCAUCAAAGCACAAACUGGUGGGAAGGAGUUAUGAGGAUUUUAUACGCACGUCACCGUUACAGCCGUGCCUUUUGUUUAAUGACGGAGGACACUGGAGAGAAAUCACAGUGAGAACCAACUCUGCUGGUAACACAAUGGCCAUAGUAUAUUUCCAUCCACAAAACUUAAGUCCCAAUGAGAUUGAUGUCCAUAAAGAAUCUUUAGUUGAAUACUUCCAAAAAGGUCCAGGAACAGUUUGCCAGCUGGACUCUCUUUAUUUUCAGGAAAGCACCAUGACACGAUGCAGUCAUAAAGAUUCUCCUUACCAGCUGCUGUAUGGAGAACCCCAUAUCUAUGAGGAGAUCUUUGGCUUGAAGUUCCGUAUAUCUGCUGAUGCUUUCUUUCAGGUGAACAGGGCUGCAGCAGAGGCACUGUACAUGACUGUAGGAGACCUGAGCAAAGCCAACGAACAGGGAACGCUGCUGGAUGUGUGCUGUGGUAUAGGAGCUAUUGGCAUUACAUUAUCCUCAAGAUUGAAGAAGGUUAUUGGUAUUGAAUUGAUUGAGCAGGCUGUAGAGGAUGCAAAAUAUAAUGCUGCACUAAAUGGUAUUCAGAACUGUGAGUUUCUAUCAGGGAAAGCAGAGGUUGUUCUUCCUAACCUGAUAGCCACAAUGCACUAUGAGGAAGCUCUCACAGCUGUUGUGAAUCCAUCCAGAGCAGGCCUGCAUUAUAGAGUGAUCCGUGCUCUGCGCAAUAAUCCUAACCUACAAAGACUGAUCUAUAUAUCCUGCAAGCCAGAAGGAGAAGCAAUGCGGAAUUUCAAGGAGCUUUGCGGAAAGACAGAUUUAAAGAGAAAGCUAACUGGAAAAGCCUUUACACCAAGAAUUGCUGUUCCUGUGGACAUGUUUCCACACACACCUCACUGUGAACUGGUGCUUGUUUUGGAACGAUAAGCAAUAAAGUGAGUCUAUCCCAGGGGACUCGGAUCACAAGGGGAAGGCAACCUGCUACAGAUCAUUUAGAGAUCUAGAGAUGUAGACAGCUGAGAAAAUCAUUGGAGACUCUCUUCCCUCUAUCACGGACACUUACACCACACACUUCAUCCGCGAAGCCAACAGCAUUGUGGAUGACCUCACCCACCCCUCACACACACUCUUUACCCUACUGCCGUCUGGGAAAAGGUAAUGAAGCAUUCGGCCCUAACAACCAGUCUGUGUAACAGUUUCUUCCCACAAGCCAUCAGACUCCUUAAUAACUGAACUGUACUGAACACAACACACACACAUCAACUGUAUGGACUGCACAGAUCUACACUAAAUGCACACACUUCCAAUAUAUAUCCUUUAGCCUGUUUACAUGCUGUUUUUUGCACACUUUUGGCUAUUUGCACAUUCUGUCUGACAUUUCGAUUGAUUGACUGUUGUUUUGCACAACCCUGUACAAUAUCUCAGGUAACUGCUGCUAUAAAACUGUGUUAAUUCCAGUAUUUGUGCACAUGUAAUAUUGUCUGAACAUAUAGUAUUUUCACUGGUCGGCACUGUUUCUGUGUAUUGUCUUUUGCGUAAUGUCUUGUAAUUGUUUGCACUGUCUUUUGUCUUGCAGAGUCUUGUCUGUCUUUUUUGU